CGCCGCCGCCCCCUGCUCGGCUGCUUCGGUUCCUUCGGUAAGUACCGGAACCGAACCGAACUACCCGAAACCGAAGUUGCCCGGUUCCUGCCUCUAAAAACAACCGAUCGGUACCUAUUAUCUAGGAACCGAAGUUCUGUAGGAACCGUUCCUCCCGAAUGCCCAGCCCGACUCUGUGCGCCUGCACCACCCGACGCCCCACGCGGCUACCGCUGGUACUACUGCCACACUCGGGUUUCAGGAGGAAUAAGCAACGGUGAGCCGGAAUAUGGCGGAGGCAGCGAACGGGAAGCAGGAUGCCAAGAGGACAGGACUGGAAGGAAUGGGCCUGCCGCUACAAGGCGGUUCCCACGGCAACCUUCACAGUGCUGGCAACGACCAACAGCUGAGGCAGAUGCUCGAUUCGCUCAAAUCCUCCAAGUCCCCUGCUGUGAUCAACUAUGGUGCCUCAUGGUGUCGCGUUUGCAGUCAGAUUCUUCCAUCCUUCUGCAAGUUCAGCAAUGAAUUCAAGAAUCUUAAAUUCAUCUAUGCGGAUAUUGAUGAGUGCCCUGAAACAACACAAAGCAUACGCUACACCCCAACCUUCCAUUUCUAUCGAGAUGGAGAAAGGGUCGAUGAGAUGCUUGGCACAGGAGAAGAGAGAUUACAUGAUCGGCUAUGGUUGCAUUCUUGAUGGUUAUUUGUCACUGGCUUCUGUUGCCACUGUUUUCAUGAACCGUUUAUGCUGAAUGUUGCUUGUAUUUUUUUUUUUCAAUUCCUGUAACUAGUAACAGAGUUCUAUUGCCAAACACAAUCAUUUGGAGAGCUUUUGUCUUUUGGCCAUAUUUACACUAUGCUGCAUA